GUCAUGUACGAAUACACACACAGAGAGAAAGACAGCUUGAAACACACAAAAUCACGCGCAAAAUUCGUAUCUCUCACUCAGUUCCUCACCGAAGCCAUUGCCAAUCGCAGUUGCAGUUGCCAUUGCGCAACGAAUUUGCUACUCUCUCUAUCUAUCUGUCUAGGGUUUCGCGGGAUCAUCAUAACAAUAACACAUAUUUUUCAUAACGCGGGGUUUGGAGUGAAGUGUUUGGGAAUGGUUAGAAGGGUGAUUGUGAAGCAUUGAGGUGUGGAAAUGGAUUCUGCAAGGAGUUGGCUUCAGAAGUUCCAGCCUCGAGAUAAAACCAGGGCUGCUGGGAAGAAAAAGGAGGAGGAUGGUAAUGGAGGAAACCAGGAUUCGAACGAAGCCAUAGAUGAAGCAUUGCUUUCCAGUGUCACGAAGCAGAAGGUGGCAGCAGCAAAGCAGUACAUUGAAAACCAUUACAAGGAGCAAAUGAAGAACCUUCAGGAGAGGAAGGAGCGUCGAACCAUCUUGGAAAAGAAGUUGGCUGAUGCUGAUGUCUCUGAGGAGGAUCAAAACAACCUGCUUAAGUUUUUAGAGAAAAAGGAAACAGAAUAUAUGCGCCUUCAGAGGCAUAAGAUGGGUGUUGAAGAUUUUGAGUUAUUGACAAUGAUUGGAAAAGGCGCAUUUGGGGAGGUCAGAGUCUGUAGGGAGAAAACUAGCGGUCACGUAUAUGCAAUGAAAAAGCUGAAAAAAUCAGAGAUGCUUCGCAGAGGCCAGGUUGAGCAUGUUAAAGCCGAAAGGAAUCUCCUUGCAGAGGUUGACAGCAAUUGCAUAGUCAAGCUUUAUUGUUCUUUCCAGGAUGAUGAACAUUUGUAUCUUAUUAUGGAGUAUCUACCGGGUGGGGAUAUGAUGACUCUACUUAUGAGAAAGGAUAUCUUGACUGAAGAUGAAGCCAGAUUUUAUGUAGGAGAAACAGUUUUAGCUAUUGAAUCUAUACAUAAGCACAAUUAUAUACAUAGGGAUAUCAAGCCAGACAACUUAUUACUUGAUAGAUAUGGACACUUGAAAUUGUCAGAUUUUGGACUUUGUAAACCAUUAGAUUGUAGUACACUUGAAGAAAAUGAUUUUUCUGUGGGUCAGAAUGUGAAUGGAUCUACACAAAGCUCAACUCCUAAACGCUCACAACAGGAACAACUGCAACACUGGCAAAUAAACAGGAGAACACUUGCUUAUUCCACAGUUGGUACACCAGAUUAUAUUGCUCCAGAAGUUCUUUUGAAGAAAGGUUAUGGGAUGGAAUGUGAUUGGUGGUCACUUGGAGCUAUUAUGUACGAAAUGCUGGUGGGAUAUCCUCCUUUUUAUUCUGAUGAUCCAAUGUUAACAUGCAGGAAGAUAGUAAAUUGGAAAACUUACUUGAAAUUUCCUGAAGAAGCUAGGCUAUCCCCAGAAGCUAAAGAUCUUAUUAGUAAACUUUUGUGUAAUGUCAAUCAAAGGCUGGGGUCAAAAGGUGCAGAUGAAAUAAAGGCUCAUCCAUUCUUCAAAGGUGUUGAAUGGAAUAAGUUGUAUCAAAUGGAAGCUGCAUUUAUUCCUGAGGUCAAUGAUGAGUUAGAUACUCAGAAUUUUGAAAAGUUUGAUGAGUCUGACAGCCAAACUCAAUCAUCUUCAAGAUCUGGUCCAUGGAGGAAGAUGCUUUCAUCUAAGAAGGAUUUGAAUUUUGUUGGAUACACUUACAAGAACUUUGAAAUUGUAAAUGAUUAUCAAGUUCCCGGGAUGGCUGAACUGAAGAAGAAACAGUCCAAACCAAAGAGGCCAACCAUCAAGUCACUUUUCGAUUGUGAAUCAGAAACACCAGAGGCGUCCGAUACGUCUGCAAAUGAUCAACCUGCUCAAGGAAGCUUUUUGAAGCUCUUGCCACCCCAGUUAGAGGUAUCUCCUCAUCGCGACAAGAAUCUUCCUCCCAGGUCCUAACAGGCCCCAACCACAUGAUCUCUGCAGCAGUCUGACAGUGUAGGAAUCAUCAUAACUCAGCAUUUUGACCAUUUCCGCGUUUAAAAUAUCACUCUUGAUGCGUUGGAUUUGUUCUAAGUUACACGAAAUCACUAAUAUGGCUUGGACCAGUCUCUUGUCAGUGGCCACAACUAUUGAUUUGUAAAUCUCUCACUAAGUAUCCGUUGUCACACAUGCUCCACUAAAACAGACAAUACCAUGUAUAUUCGCGUUCUUUUAAUGAUAGCAAAGCAUUUAUCCCUGUAACAUUGGAGUGUAAUGAUUCACAAGUUAUUUAGCAGAACAAGAUAUGUUUGAUUUUUUUUUAAAAAUGUCAAUAAUCUGUAAUUUGUUGUGGUUCGUUUUUUUAAUAUUAUUUUUUAUAAUGGACGAGAUUCCUCUAAAUUUAAGGUA